GACAAGAAGAAGUAUACCAUUCUAACGACGCUGAAUGCCGGUUCCUACGGCGUCGUUUAUGCAGCGCGCAACACUCGAACCUUGCAAAAGGUAGCCAUCAAGCAGAUCUCAAAGCAAUCAGCCGGUGUUGAACAAGGCGCAGAGCUAGACAUCCUCACUGCCCUGCGAAAAGCCGAGUCUCGCAACUUGACACGAUUAUUGGAUUCCUUCUCUGAUCAGGAGUUCCACUAUAUUGUGCUGGAAUUUUGCACGUUGGGUGAUCUCUAUGAGGUGAUUGCAGCAGAUCGCGUCCCGCAAGAUACGGAAACGCUGCGAGAUUUGGUGUUGCAGUUGAUCAGUGCCGUGGAGGCCUGUCACGCAGUCGGUGUCUUUCACAGAGACAUCAAACCCGAAAACAUCUUUUUGACGAUUGAGUCUGGCAAAGUCACCAAGAAUGGCGAUGGUGAUGUGGUGGUGAAGCUUGGUGAUUUUGGACUUGCUACACAAUCCACCCUCUCUACUGAGAUUGGUACAGGGAGUGAUCGGUACAUGGCCCCUGAGCAAUUCAAGUCAGAUGGAACGGGCGCUUAUUCGCCGGCUGCAUGCGACAUCUGGUCUCUUGGUAUCGUCAUCCUCAAUACCCUCUUCUCUCGCAAUCCUUGGAAGAUGCCAACAACGGAUGACGCCAUUUUUGCUGAUUUCGUGCGAGAUAGGGAGACGCUGUUUGAUCACUUCUCGGAUAUGACGCGCGAUACUUUUGAUGUUGUCAUGCAUGCGCUGCAUCUUGACCCAGCCAAUCGCUCGCUUACCAAGAUGAAGGAUGCUGUGUUGCAGGUGUCUGACUGGUCGCAUGCAGAUGAAAUCUUGAGUGGCAACAUUUCUCGUCGUGCUAGUACCAACCUGGCAGACUACGAGCAUGAAGGUCCCACGGCCGGUCGUGCACCACUCAGGACACCUUCUGUUGCUGCUACAACGCUGCUUGCACCUAAUGGCAUCAAGUCUUUCCCGUGGUCAACCGCCUUGGCAGGCAUGCCUGUUCCCAAGGAAGAUUGUCGCAAUGGUCUUGGCUUUGCUCAACCUGCAAGCCACAAACCAUCCUCUAGCCUCUCUGGUAGUUCCUGGCGACACUUUUCACCAAAGACGCAACAUGGGCACAUGUCAUCCAUUGAUUCAGGGCUCGGUACAAGUCUUGCCACAUAUGGUGCGCAUGCACGGGAUGCAUUGACGCCACAAGGGCGAACGAGUCGUCCUGCGAUGCUGGCAUCGUCUGCUCCAACUGCGCGUGUUCGAUUCCCCUCACCUGGACAAAACAAGGAACACCUCAAGUUUGGCACGUCCUGGGCUGAUUUGGUGGAUGAGGAUGAGUUUAGUGAUGAGGAU